UCUACCUGCAGCCGGUGGGCGCCGCCAAUUGUUCACCAACUUUUUCAUCAGCGCGUCAGCUCAGAGCGCGGAGAGAGCGCUCCGCAUCUGACUGCGCAUAUCUUCAUCUGCGCCUCUUUACUCCUCCUGCCCGCAUAACAGUUUAAACUGUGACAGAACCCACGAAAGAGAAGCGAGAUUCUGCAGCUUGGAGUUGGAUAUUUUCCUGGCGCAGUAAGUCUUGAGAGUGCUCCUCUUUAGACCACCUUGAAACCAUGUAAGCGCGCGGCGACAGACACGGCACAGCGAUAAUGAAGAGGUUAACCACACAUUUGAGAGCGGACAUCACUUCUCUCGCCACUUGACCGACUUUGUUGCGCAUUAAGAUGCGCCCGGCUGAAGAGGAGGUGGACUUUUGCGCACUCCUUGGCGGACACUUUCCAGAGAGCGUUGACUGAUCCGCGCCGUCAGAGAGAGAGAGAGAAAAAAAACAAUUGGACCUCCUAUGAUUUUAAGAAACAAUCCCACUCGGUGUUGGCUGAGGUCGUUACAUUGAAGUUUGUUAAAGGGGGAGAGAAAAAAAAUCUCCGUGUGGAAUUGCAGCGAUCAACAUGACGGCUCGUCUCUCGCGGAUCCAGCUGGCCCUGUUCUUUAUUUUGCUCUGUCCGGUCAACAUCAUCGGACUGUGGUGGGCAGUGGGAAGCCCCUUGGUCAUGGACCCCAACAGCAUAUGCAGGAAGGCGAAGCGCCUGGCAGGGAAGCAGGCUGAGUUGUGCCAGACUCAACCAGAAAUUGUCAGCGAGGUGGCUAAAGGAGCGAGGCUGGGUGUCAGAGAGUGCCAGUACCAGUUCAGGUACCGCAAGUGGAAUUGCACAAGCCACAACAAAUACUUUGGCAAAGUACUACAGCAAGAUAUCCGGGAGACAGCAUUCGUCUAUGCCAUCACAGCAGCAGGGGUGACACACGCUGUGACCCAAGCCUGCAGCAUGGGAGAACUUCUUCAAUGUGGAUGUGAAGCGACCAGAAACAAGGCUCCUCCAAGGCCGCCUUCAUCUUCCUCAUCUGGGGACGGGGUUAAAUGGGAGUGGGGCGGUUGUGGCGAUGAUGUAGAGUUUGGUUAUGAAAUGUCCAAAAAGUUUAUGGAUGCCAAGAGGAGGAGAGGGAAAAGUGAUAUCAGGACACUCAUUAACCUUCACAACAACGAGGCUGGGAGGCUGGCCGUGAAACUCCACAUGCGGACUGAAUGCAAGUGCCACGGACUAUCAGGCUCAUGCACCUUGCGAACGUGCUGGAAAAAGAUGCCUCAUUUCCGUGAAGUGGGCGACCGCCUGCUGGAGCGCUUCAACGGUGCUUCCAAGGUGAUGGGCGGCAACGAUGGGAAGACCCUGAUACCCGUCGGCCAGAACAUAAAGCCGCCGGACAAGCAGGACCUGAUAUACUCUGACGAGUCUCCAGACUUUUGCCUUGCGAAUCGGAAAACGGGCUCGCUGGGAACAAGGGGGCGCAUGUGCAACAGCACAGCCAUGGACAUCAGCGGCUGUGACUUGCUGUGCUGCGAGCGAGGCUACAGGGAGGAGACGGUGGUGUUUGAGGAGAACUGCCUGUGCCGCUUCCAUUGGUGUUGCGUUGUCCAGUGUAAAAAGUGCAUGGUGCGGAAAGAACUUAGUCUGUGUCACUGAUGAACUGAGGUAAAGAGUAUUCAUAUACUUUAAUUAUAACCACUUCUGUUACUUUUUAGGUUAUUGCUUUUGUACUGUUGAUGUGAAAGAAGGAAAGGAUGUAGACUUCCAUGGUUAUUCAUUUUAUAUAUAAAUAUUUUUUUUACAGUCAAAUAACACAUGCAACACCUUUGAUUUGACAUUUAAAAUAUUGUUGGAGUUCUAUGAGUUUUGAACAAAUUGAAAACUUUCCAAACCACCUUGUUUUUUUUUUUUUUUUUUUUUUUUGUCUGCGGACCAAAGAAUGUUCUCUUCCACUAAAUAAAAGGUAGAAUUUGUGGAGGGUCUAUUAUUGACAAGCUGGGCAAGUUUAAUAACUGGUUCACAUGGUGGGAUUUUCAAAUCUCAGAGACUCCUCUUAGGUAAUAACAGGUUUGGACCUACAUUAUGUGGCAUACCACAACAUGGCAAACAUACCACACAGACUACACUCACAAACAUUCAGAUGUCAGAUGGAAAAACCCACAAAACGUGAAACAUGGCUGACUGGGAAGAACCAAUGGCAGUAGUUUAUGGAUUACAUUUAGCAGAAAAACAAAAAAACAAUAAAACAGAAUAUCUCCAACCUCUGCCUGACUUUCUGGUGUACUGUGGCAGUUUUGUUUUCUGUAUUCUGAAUUUUCCUACAUGUUUCUGUCAUCUUGUGUUCUGAUUGGCUACAUGUCACAUUCAACAGGCUGCUUAUCGACAGGGGACACCCUACAUCACAAGUUAGAAUAUUGGGCCAACACAAUCCAACAUGUUGAAUAUCCCCGAUUUGAGGUCAAUCCAGUCCUGAUGUGUGUAGACCAAAUAGUUUAGAUCACUCUUAACAGACCACACACAAUGCAGAAAUAUCUCAUAAUAUUAUCUUCAGAGCCACCACAAUAUCCAGAGUUUUUAAGAUUGUCAAAAGGUGAAAGAUCAGGGCAAACAUUUUUAUCAAUAUCUUGCCGUGUGAACCAGGCUCAAGUCUCCUCCCUCCAUAACAUUUAUAACAGAGCUCAGUGUAGCUGUUAAACCAAAGAGGUGUCCGGAUCAGUAAGAUGAUUUCUCUGAGGUAUUCAAUACAAAUAGGCAAAGAGCCACACCAGUUAUGAUAUAAACCUGCAAGGUUGUAGAGAGUCUGUUUUAUUUAUUUAAAUUUCUUCAUGGACAUUGUGGUCUACUUUCAAUAUGCUGUAGGGUAAUAAAAACAUAAAGCAUUAUGGAUAUUAAUGUCGACAUUCAAUUUCUUUGUUAUGUAUUGAUGGAAUUACUGGUAUGUAGCAUUGUAGUAAUUUUUUGUUUUCUAUAAAUCAUAAGUAACAAGAAAAACUCACAUUUGACAGUUGAAAACUACAUUUGUCAGAUAUUUAAAUGUUUGAAUUAUGUAUUUUUCUCUUUAAAUAUUUGCAGUGCAAAGGUAUUCAUGCCCCUUGAAUAUACUUUUAUACUUUUGAUCAUUUAAAAAACUCUGACUUGGCAGAGAUUUUAUGUGCUAGACCAACACAUUUUAGCGCAUAUUUGGAAAAAAGGUAGCAAAGUUAUGCAUUUUCAAUGUUUUUUACAAAUACAAUGCUAUUUGUGUGAUGUGUAUUUCUUUACUCUGAUACAUAUAAAUAAAGUUUAUUAUCUAUAGAGGUCCCCUAUUAAAUAGUCUCCUCGCAUUUUAUCUUAGCAUAAAUACAGCUUAAGGUGAAGACCUUUUAGGUUUGUCAGAGAAAAGUCCAUUGAUUGUUCAGUCUACAAAUCUGGCUUAUUUGUGUGUUCGGAUGGCCUAAUCAAAGGCCAUACCUAAAUGUAAUUCAGAAUCUCUGGCAAAAUGUUGCUCUUAACAGUUUCUAAUCCGACUGACUAAUAUUACAAAAAAUAAGCAAAAAUCUCUGACCUCAAAACCAAGAUGAUUUAAUCUGUAAAUAUAGUGAUAAAUGGUUCUAAAAUGCAUUUAUUCAGAUUCAAAUUUCAAUAUGUUUUCCAUUCUUUUUCAACUCUUCCAUUUUAAGUGUCUUUGUGUUGGUCUGUUGCAUAAAAUCUCCCAAAACGCAUUGUGGACUCUGUGGCUGAAACACAACAAAAUGUGAAAAAAUUCACGAAACAUAAGAAAGGGACAAUUUUAUUUUACCUACAGCAAGAGUUUCUUCAAAAGACAAUAGAAAGACCAAUCGAUUCCCAUCUAUACAUGUAAAAACAUUCUUAAAAACAUUUACAGGUGUGUCCAUGUGGCAGGAACGUGGUUGGCGUUAAUCAAAUGGGCUAACCAAGACUGACUUUCAACGUCUUUUAUUUUUAAGGCUUUAUGGACUAGAAAAGUAAAGUUUUUGACAUAUUUCACCUGCAAGGACUGAUCAACUUUAAGCAGACCAAACAAAUGUUAAGUAGUGUAUUAUUCAGGAUCACAACAGAAAUUUGUACAAGUCUCCUGCACAUUUUGGCUGUAAAGCAAAUGAAAAACUUCUCACCUAUAACUCAUUUACAUUUACAAAAACAUGUAAAAUUGGUUGUUUCCUCAGAAGUAAAAGCGGAGCCCUUUUUUCUUUAUGUUGUGCCAUCAAGAAAUCAUUUCUGUUGGUUAUUUUUCAUUUGAUUUGUCAUACAGAGCUAUUAAAAUAAUGCACUUUGGUUGUUAGCUGUUUUUUUGAGACUGUGCAUAAUGUAUGUGUGUCUGUAUGCUUGUGUUUGAAAAUUUGUACUGAAAAACAUACCCACGACUAUGAAAGUUGGCCAGUUAUGAGCAUAAUCUUCUGUGUAGAUAAAAAGUGUGCCAGUCAAUGAAAACACACCUCCCAUACGUAACAGGACACUUUUAAUCGCUGAUUGUUUCAUUAGAAGAGUGCUUCUCAUAAAACUAUUAUGUCAUGUUAUUUAGACUUUCAUGGUCUGUUACGUACACAAUAUAAUGUAUAAUGAACCCAUUGUUUCAGCUUGUUCUAUAAAGGGUUUUUAAAGUUGGUGUGGAUGUUUUAUAUUAUUUUGCCAUUAGUCAGUUACCUCUGUGUUUUCUCCUCAUUGGUUGUGUAUGAUGACUCAUAUUUGAAUGAUGGCUUGAAGUUAUAUUGUUAGAAUCGCACAGAACCAUUUUGGAGGGCCAAAAAUGAUCAGCUUUGUUACAAACGAUUGAU